GCGGAGAAAACGGCCUGCCCCCCACCCCCCUCCCUCGGCCAUGGCCACAGCCACCCCGGAGCUGGAAGAGAAGCUCCUGAGGCGGCGCCAGAAGGUGGAGCAAAACUAUGUGCCGCAGCCAAAGAAGGGGAGCAAAGCUUGGUCAGCCGAGAUGGCCAAGACGGUGUCGCAGCAACGGCGUGCUUACAAAAGUGAAGCAUCCGAAGGCAACGGCAACCCUCAGGACGUUGAGGGCGUUGGGCUAUCGCCCAGGAACACAGAUAGCUCAGCGCCCGGCAGACCCUCGCGAGGCCUGACCGCGGGCUUGAGCAUCCUCACUCUUUCUGUGCUGGCCUUACUGCUGGGCCUCUACUUGCCUUUACGCAGCGAGGCGCCAACGAGCGCAAGGAUCGCAGGACCACUGCGGGAAGAGGUCCAAAAGAGACCGAAGCCGGAAGAAGCCAGACCCGAGCCGGAGGUCCAAAAGCGACCAGAGCCGGAAGAAGUCAGCGAACCAGACUUCGUCUUCGACCCAAGCCUUUUUGGCGGCAUGGUCAAGACGUCGGCCAUUCAGUCUUUGCACCCUUCGGUGGCCGUGGAUACCAAAGUUCUGCGGGACCUGACCAAUGACUGGGGCAACUUCCUGGAGGAGAACCCCAGCUUCCAGCAGGUCUACCGAUUAGGGCGCCUCACUGUGACCCAGGGCGCUUCCAGGCCCCUGUUCAUUUCGGUGAACAUUACACUGACCAACACGGGCCCAAGCGCCUGGCCCGCGCGAAGCUGCCUGCAGCUGGCGCACGGACUCGACCUGGGUGCCCCCAACGCGGACUUGGGCAAAGUGACCGAGCCCGGAGCUGAUCGCAAAAUCUCAAUGCACCUGCGGAUCCCGGCCCAGGAGCAGGCGGACUCUCCGACCUGCAUUUGGGCGCUGAGCGUGGAUGGCAACGUCUUCGGGGUGCUUUUGAUCUUGGAGUUGGACUGGAUAGAUAGCAGCGGUUACGGCUUGCUCACGGAGGCGCUGGAUGGGCUUCAGACGGCAAGGGCACAGGUCCAUAGCGUGGAGCUGGUCCUGCAGGAUGAGGCUUUGCAGCAUGACCCCGCCAGAGCAGGCGAUGUCACAGAGGAGUGGGCUGACGACCUGUCAAAGACAGGCGUGACGCAGGCAUACCGCCUGGGCAGCUUGAUUGUGGCCCCGCUGUCGGUGCCGGCGAAGUUGGCGGUGUCCUUUACCCUGCAGAACCUGGGGCAGGAUGCCUGGCCCGAGGGCACGUCUCUGCGCCUGCUCAGCGGCAACGCCUUGGGCUUGGAGUCCCUGGACAUCGACCAGGUGGAGCCGGGGUCCAGCGUGCCUUUGCAGCUGCAACUGGAAGUCCCGAUCGCUUCUGGUGCAGCUCUGGAGGAGACCGUCUGGUCUUUGGGCAUGGGAGGGCACAGCUUUGGUCCCUUGCUGGUGCUGGAGAUCAGCCGUACGCAGGAAUGAGCCUGCUAGCGCAGAACAUGUUAGAUAGAGCCCAUUUGCUGGCUCGACCUUAUCCCGCAAAUCG